AUGAUCGUGUUAAGACGGUUACAAAGUGUAAAUAUUUCAAGACAUUUACAAAAUAUAAGUGUGUUGAGACUUGAUAAAUUUCACACAAAUUAUAUUUUAAGAUCAGAAUUCAAAGAUGUUAUGAAGAUAGAGAUAAACGGUAAAGUUCUUCAGUUUCCCUAUGUGUGGUUGAGAGACAACUGUCAGUGUGAAAAAUGCUUCCAUUCUUCAGCGAAAAGCCGAAUAAUCGAUUGGAGCAAAUUCGACUUAAACGUUCAACCGAAAAAUGUAAAUCAGUCCGAUAAUUCAGUGCAAGUAAUUUGGAACGAUGGUCAUGUAUCAGAUUUUAAACUCAGUUGGCUUAACUACAGGAGUUUCGUGAAAGAAAGUCAAAAAAACUAUACUAAUACUCUUUAUAAACCAGCAAAAAUUACGUGGCAUGGUGAUGACUUUGAUAAAGUUUUUAGUAAACAUGAUUAUAACGAAAUUGUACACUCUGAUAACGCGCUUUAUGAUUGGUUGCACAAAUUCUCCAUCUAUGGUGUUGCAUUAAUACAGAACACUCCUGAUUCAGAGACCGCAGUAGACGGAAUUGUAGACAGAAUAGGCUUUACUAAAAAGACACAUUACGGUGAGAAGUUCGUCGUCCAGCAUGUAGCAAACACCAGUAAUGUUGCAUAUUUAUCAAACAAUUUGCAAAUGCACACAGAUCUUCCAUACUAUGAGUACUGUCCUGGUGUGAAUCUACUGCACUGUCUCGUGCAAACUGCCAGUAAGGGCGGUGAAAACCUUCUAUCAGACUGCCACUACACUGUUGCUUAUAUGAAGGAGAAAUAUCCAAAUGAAUACAAGCUUUUAACAGAAACAGAAGUUGAAUGGAGUGAUGUGGGCUGUGAAAAUGGUAAUGAAUUCUACAAACUGUACAGGUCACCUGUAAUCUGCCUAGAUAAACACAGUCAAGUUAUAAGAAUUAACUUUUCAAUACCUCAAAGAGGUUCCCAUUUUCCUGGACCCAUUGAAAGUGUUAAGCCAUGGUAUGUAGCUCAUAGCCUUUUCUAUGAACUGAAUGAAAAGUUUUCAGCCAGGUUUAAAACUAAAGCUGGAGAUAUUCUUGUGUUUGACAAUAUAAGAUUGUUACAUGGUAGAAAUAUGUACGAGGAUAAGAAUAACAAUGUUAGGAAGCUGAUUGGUGCAUAUUUGGACUGGGAUGAAAUAUAUUCCAGGUUAAGAUGCUUGAAAGUGAAACUGGAUCCAGAGGAUGGAAUAUAAACUCUCACAUUGUUUAUAAAAUUAUAAGUCAUUCUAUUUGGAAA